CCUUUUUUUUUUUUUUUUUUUUUUUUUUUACACAGAGGCAGCAUUACGCCAUUCUUCCCUCUUGGAAAACUGGGAUUUAAAGAAGUCUCCUUCAAGAUACGACACAGAAUUGCAGGAGAAAAAGGAAAGUCAAGUUUCUCCUUUCAAUGCACAAAAAAAAAAAAAAAAAAAAAAGCUUCAGCAUUGAUCUCUUUACUGGGAACCGGAGGACUGAACAAGUGAUAGACGUUUCACUAUGGGACUGAAUUGUGGAGCUGAGAAUAACGAUUUGGAAAAUUUGAUAGUCCAAAUAAAACUUCACUGGGGUUUGAAUCUGUGGUUUUGCAAACUUGUUGUGUUCUUAUUCCAAACUACAGCAACCUCUGGAGAGUGUUCUCUUGCUCGGAUUCAAAGGAAGCUCAGAGGAUGAAAGUUUUGAAACGUCUCCCUCUUUUAUUCGGGUGCUGGACUCUGCUCUAUCUGGGUCUAGCCCCAGUAGUACUGAGCCAUAGUGGGACCGCGCACAGUAGCCCUGACGGCAGACAAGAGGCGAGCAGAAGCGCGAGGAAAGAAAGCACCCUGCAGUCUCGAGCAAGGGGUCCCGCGACGCCGAUGACUGGGGGCCAUGUCAUGGGGAGCCGGACACCGUCAAACGGGGCGAGGAUCACUCAGAUUAGGACAGGAGCCCCUUUGAUUCGGGGCGAGACAGACAAGACAGCCGCCAAGGUCGUGUCGUCUACAGGUGGACAUGAUGGAAUCGGGACCGGGCACGCCGGAGGGGCGAUAGACCUGGGAAGGAAAGAAGCCGCGCGUUCUUGGGUGCCUGGAGCGGCGGCGAGGACGGGGAGCGCCUCAGUAAGAAACGCAAACCCACACGUUGGCACCCAAGAAGCCAGGAUACCUUCCGUGGGCAGCAGGGUCGGGGACGCUGCUAAAACCGAGACCGAGGCGUCCAGAUCUGGGGAUCACAUAACUGUUAGCCGAAAGGCAGUUGCCCCGCUUGCGCAAAGGAAGUCCAAAGCUACUACUGGACAGGCUAAAAUCCUCAAGGACUCCUCCAAGCACCCGCUAGUUACACCUCAUGACUACAUGCUUUCACUGUAUAGGACUCUAUCUGCAGCAGAGACGACGGGGCUGAACAGCAGCGUGCUGCAAGAGGCUGGACUGGCUAACACCAUCACCAGCUUCGUGGACAAAGAACAAGAUGAGCACGGGCCUCCUAUCAGAAAGCAGAAGUAUUUGUUUGACAUCAGCGCUCUGGAGAAGGACGGCUUGCUUGGAGCUGAGCUGCGUAUCCUUCGGAAGAGGCCAUCUGAUCCCAGGAAAGCUCAUUCCUCCGGGAGCCUUUACACCCUCCGGUUAUCCUCCUGUCAGGCCAGCAGCCAGGCCUCAGUGCUCCUCGACUCCCGCAUGAUUGACGUUCUCGACACGCCCCAGUGGGAAGUGUUUGACAUCUGGAAGCUUUUCAAGAACUUCAAGAACUCGGCGCAGCUGUGCUUCGAGCUGGAGGCUUCGGAAAGGGGGCGGCCCGAGAACCUCAGGGUCCUGGGAUUCAACAGGAUCGGCCGCCCGGCCAAGGAGAAGGCCUUCUUUCUGGUCUUCGGUAGGACCAAGAAACGAGACCUGUUCUUCAAUGAGAUCAAGGCCAGGUCCGGACAGGACGACAAAACUGUGUACGAGUACUUAUUUAACCAGAGAAGGAAGAGAAGAGCCCCUCUCUCCUCUCGCCAGGGGAAAAGGCAGAUGAAGAACCCCAAGCCCAGGUGCAACAAGAAGCCCCUUCACGUGAACUUUAAGGACAUGGGCUGGGAUGACUGGAUCAUUGCCCCACUGGAGUAUCAAGCUCAUCACUGCGAGGGGGUUUGCGAUUUCCCUCUCCGAUCACACUUAGAACCUACAAACCACGCCAUCAUCCAGACUCUAAUGAACUCUAUGGACCCUGACUCCACCCCUCCCACCUGCUGUGUCCCCACCAGACUGAGUCCCAUCAGUAUUCUGUACAUAGACUCUGCGAACAAUGUGGUGUACAAGCAAUAUGAUGACAUGGUGGUGGAGUCGUGUGGGUGUAGGUAGCAAUACUUCUUGUUGUGCUGUAUGGUUUCUGACUGGAUGGAUUUGUAUGAAGAAUAGUUUGCCUAGUUGUCGUCUUCUUCAGGGCAUUGAAACGCAAAUUGUCUGGUAAAGGGACAGCCUUCUUUGAGUCGUCCAUUCUUACAGGAAACCAGAACACUUCCUAAGAUGAGGGCAAUUCUAAAAAAGAAAAGAAAGAAAGACAUAGCAAAUGGGUUCACUGUUUUGUUGCACUUCCUUGGCCAAUCAUGAAAUGUAACUGGAAUAUGUUGUUUGCAUUGUAGCUUUCAGACACCCUUCUGAAAUGCGUAGUAUUAUUGUAGGAGUCCCAGGUACUUCAAUGAUAUAAACCCUGGCUAUUAUGUUUAUCAGUAUUACUGAAUCAAAACAACAAUCUCUAGUUUAUACUGACUUUACCAGUCUUCAUAUAAAGCACUCCACGCAUGCCUUCCUGUUUAAGCACAGAUGAUUGUCCUGCAGUUGAGUUGGCAGAUCUGUGAUGCUGGGAGGCAGUCAGGCUCUGCAGUCGGCAAUUGUUUAAGCACAGAUGAUUGUCCUGCAGUGAAGUUGGCAGAUCUGUGAUGCUGGGAGGUGUCAGGUGCUGCAGUCUGCAAUGUAACAAUAAACCACAAAUGUGACAUCUUCUUACCCACGUUUGUAAUAGCACUCGUGUAAUUGUUGGAUACAUCCUCUAAUCGAAUCUAAACCACUGGCUUCUAAAGGCACCAGAAGACCCAUGUGGUUUGAAAUGGCCAGCAACCCGUCCAUUGCUAUCCAUAGUGCUUCCUCGGGUACAAACAUGGGAGUCGUUACAGAUCUGUGGUUGAAUUGUUAUGUCACACAUAUCCAUUGUAUGUCAGUGAGAAAGAUAACCAUUGCCACACUGUUAUCUGGAAAUACAGUCAAUAUCAGUAUUCUAGAACAUUGUUAAUACAGUAUAUAUUUAUAUAUAUAUUAGAAGAUGUAAACUUUGGAAUUCAGUGUCUAUGUAUUUAUACUUGUUGGAAUUAAAUGAAUCGAUAUCUUAAUGCUGGAUCAAAUAUAGACCAUCAUUUACUGGAUGAGCCACCAUGGCCAACAGGUAUCCAUAUUAAACU